AUGACGACCCAAUCAGGCAAGGUGUCGACACCUUCGUCGACGGAGGAGCGGAUCGACUACGAUGCACACCUCGGCGCCGGCGAUCAAAAGGCCAGCAAGCGCCUCGGGUUCGCCGCCAUCAAGGAGGAGCUCGCCAUCCACUACCGAGUCUACCUCCUCGCCCUCUCGACAUGCAUGGCUGGCAUGCUUUUUGGGUGGGACACUGGCCUAAUUGGCGGCAUAUUGGACUUCCCAGCGUUCCAAAGCGACUUCGGCCUUCGUGGAAAGGACAAGGAGCUCGCCAAUCUCAAGGGCAACAUCGUCUCGGUCCUCCAGGCAGGCUGCUUUAUCGGCGCGGCCACCGGCCUCUACCUGCCGUCCAAGUACGGCCGGAAGCCGACCAUGAUCUUCGCCUCGAUCAUCUUCCUCAUCGGCUCCAUCAUCCAGACCACCUGUCGCCUCAACGGCCAGUCGCACUCGUCCGCCCUCGUCCAGCUCUACAUCGGUCGCGCCAUCGGAGGCUUCGGCGUCGGUCUCUCGAGCGCCGUCGUCCCAACCUACCUCUCCGAGUGCGCACCCCGGAGCAUCCGGGGGAGAUGCGGCGGUCUAUACCAGUUGCUCAACGUUACCGGCAUCGCACUCGCAUUCUUUUGCAACUAUGGCAUGGCUCAGAACUAUCCCGACCAGAGCUCGUCCAACAUGUGGCGGAUCCCGUUUGCGCUGCAGAUGCUGCCCGGCGCGCUUUUUACCGCAACAAUCGUUUUCCAGCCCGAGUCGCCUCGGUGGCUCAUUGAGCAGGAUCGCGCCGCCGAGGGCGCUCAGGCCCUGUCUAUUAUCAAUGCGCUGCCUGCCGAGCACCCCAACAUCACCUCGAUGGUCUCCGAGAUCGAGGCCGACCUCGAGGGCAAGUCGAAGCUGUCUUUUGCCAAGCAGCUGCGCCUCUCCGUCGCCGACGGCGUCACCUUCUACCGUGUCAUGACCGGCGCCAUUCUCAUGUUCUUUCAGCAGUGGACCGGUACCAAUGCGAUCAACGUGUUUGCCCCUCAGAUCUUCAAGACGCUCGGCGUCAGCGGCCCUUCGGCUUCGCUGCUUGCGACGGGCGUCUACGGCAUUGUCAAGAUCGUCACUACCGCCCUGUUCCUGGUCGUUGCCAUCGAGCAGCUCGGCAGGAAAUGGUGCCUGAUCCUCGGCGGCAUCAUCCAAAUCUUCACCCUCUUCUGGAUCGCAAUCUACCAGGCCGUUCGCCCCGCGAGCGGGUCCGUGCCGGUCGACGGCGUCGGAUACGUGACCCUCGCGAUGAUCUACAUCUUUGUCGUCGGCUACGGACUUGGCUGGAGCUCCGUCACCUGGUCGGUCUCGGCCGAGGUCGCUCCCAACCACCUGCGCUCGCUUGCCAUGUCCUACGCAACCAUGUCGCAGUGGGGCUUCAACUUGGCCGUCGUUCGCAUGACGCCGGUGGCGCUUGUCACCAUCAAGUUCGGCACCUUCCUCAUCUUUGCGUGCAUCACGACGUGUGCCGUCAUCUGGGCGGCAGUCUUCCUGCCCGAGACCGGGGGCGUGACGCUCGAGAUGAUGAGCAAGCUGUACGAGGGCAACAUUGUCGCGCGGUCGCUCCAGGAUCUUUUCCCCUCGAAGCGCCGCGUCUUCCGCGCCCGCCUCCUCGCCGAGAACGGCGGGACCGGCGACGACGGCGGCGUCAUCCGCGAGGCUGGCCACAACGACGACUUCCCGCGCCUCGACAAGAGCGACUCUGCCACCACCGAGGUCUUUGAUGCCGCCAAGUCCAAGAGCCAGGACAAUGUCGUUCUCGGCAGCCGCGAUGCUACAACCAACGACAAGAAGUAG